AAAAGCUUGCUAGUACACCUCCUUGUGCUCACAAGAAAUUGAGCCCCACCUUAUGUAUGCAUCACACAUAUUUGACUUAAGGAUGAUUGAAAUAUCCUUUCAAACUUUCAUUGGCAAUGCCUUCCCAUCCUAGUUCCCAAUGCUCAGCCUCUAGGAAAGAUACUUUGGCAAUUUUUGGGCUUUUGCAAAACCUUGCCCCCUUUUGGGCUUUUGCAAUACCUUGGCUCCUUUUGGGUUGGGGAAGUGAGGGUGCACUAGAGUUAGUGUCACUGACAUUACCACAUGUCUCUCCCUAGGUCUCCUUCACAAUGGUACUUGAAGACCCAAUUGCUUAUGAUUGAUUUUUUCUUAUAGGCCUUUGGGGAGCAACAUCAACGGCCUUGUCACCCCUACAAGGUCUAGGUAUGCGAUUCAUUGCAAAGAAAAAAAAAUUAAGAAAUAAUAUUACAUUAG